AUGUAUGCUGGCAAUCUAGGCUUGCUCGGCGCCUUGCCGUUGGACCUGCUUGCGCCCAUCCUCUUGCAUCUGCGUCACCGAGUCCGUGACCUGGCAGCAUGUGUGCUGGUUUGUCGGCUCUUUCAUCAGAUCGCCACACCUUUGCUGUACGAACGUCUCUUCCUCCGCGACCAGACGCGCCUUAAGCUCGUGUUUGCAUGUCUCGGAAGCAACAAGGAACUGUGCCGCCUGGUCAAGAUGGUGGAGCUGCGCGUAUUUCCCUUCGGCCUCGACGCCGAACGUUUGGAGCAACUCGAGAUCGAUAUCGAAACUGCCUUCAAGCAUGCAAUCAACCUGGAAGAGCUCGUCUGGACGCGAGCAGGAAGUCUCAACGAUCGACUGCUGCCGACUCUUCUCAGCUCGUCGCCCAAAUUGCGCAGACUGGAGCUGGCGGGCGAUGCGAGACUGUGGACCAUGUCGACGCUGCUUCGCUACAUCCCUUCGAGUGUGCAAGGUCUCAGCCUGAUCUUACCGGAAAAGGCAACCUUGCGUGGCUUGGUCGAUGUCGCCGAAAAGCUGCUCAACAGCGCCGGAAGGGAUCGGAAAACGAAGCCUUCGUUGACAUCGCAUCUGAAUGCGAUUGAGACUGAAGAUCAAAGCUCCCCGAGAGAAGCAACAGGGCUACAAAGCCUCAGCAUCCUCUGCCAGCACUCACCGCACCUGACCGAUGCAAUACUGAUGGCACUGGCGCCGCAGCUCAGACAUUUACGACGUCUGUCGCUAGCAGGUUGUCGAGCGGUGACAGGACGAGGCAUCGAGGCGAUCCUUCGCUGCGCAUCCAAGGGUGGGCACGGCGUCAGUGACCUCGCAAUGGAAGGUCUCAACAUUCAAGCAGCGGAUGUUGGCCUGCUGCUUCCGUAUGCAACAUCGUUGCGACUGCUCUCAUUGACAUAUCCAAGAUCGGCGUCUUCCUCUGGAUCUCGGUCGCUGCCUGCAUCCUCGCUCAACGAGUUUUACGGAUACUUUGCGCAACUGGUUGAAGGAGCCGCGAACUUGGAGGAGCUCACACAUUAUGCAGGAUCAGGGUCUCGACCCGCGAUGGAUGGUGGUCACGUGGCCGACGAUGAUGGAUUGGUCGAAUUGGACGAGCUAGACGACGACGAAUCGGACUACGAUGACCAAGGGGAAUAUGUGCAGUCAUCGCGGCAUCAUGGCAAUACCAGCGCCAAUGCGGCCUGGACCUCGAGUGACUGGAUCCGCCGCUUCUCUGGCCCGCCACCGCAAGGCAGUGUCCGAUAUGGACAACCGCGAACAACGAUUCCCCCGAGCAAUCUGCCGCUGUUGCCAUCAUGGUUCCUAUCACGGCUUGUGAUGAGUAGAGGCAGCCAGCUGAAAAAGCUGCGAUUGCACGGGAUUGGUCUGUCGCUGGAUCAGCUCGGCAUGAUCACACAGCACUGCCACAGGGUGCAAGAUCUGGUGAUUCAGAUCUGGGAGGAUGAUUUGCCACGGCUCGCAGCGCUGCUGUGUCAACUGCCACAGUUGGAGACGCUGCACAUCUUGGCAUCGGCAUCCUCCGAAACCAGCCUGGGCGAAAGGGAGAUCCAGUGGAUCGCGCAGGUGUGCACGGAUGCCAAUCGGGAGCGCCGAGCGCAACGUCGAGGCCGACAUCUGCAACGUGUGUCUAGCGAUGGCAUGCCAGCAGAGGGCAGUGGGCUACAUCAAAUCGGGUUCCGAAAUCGUGUCUGGCUCGUCGAACGUGAAUUCGGCGCGACCAAGGAGCCCAUACACAACGCAAGUGCACACCAAACACAAGCAGAUCAGCAGGGGUCUAGCUCGUUUCUCGCCAAUGUGAGUCGCACCGACGCGGGCAACGUAACAGCAUCACUCGACGACGAGGAGCCGAUUCACGUGACGUUGAAGCGGUGGGAUCCUGCUGCUGGCACGUUCCCCGAGGUCCUGCUCGUCGUCAGGUCGUAA